UAAACUAAUACAACUGCGAAGCUUUAUUCCGAUAUUAACUAUGAAGUUUCCUGAACUGUGGAAAUAUCUGAUGAUUAAAGUGAACUAAACCCUCAAAGACACAAAGAUUACGCUCUGACAAGCAGAACAGACCAACAACAGGUGAACAACAGGGUUUUCUACUGCACAGAAAUGGAUGACAGAACUCUGUAAUAAUAAACCUGAUGUGUAUUCAAUAUUAAUAUACAUCAUAAGCUUGAUUCUCCAUUCUGGACCAGUUUGGUAGAGGGUUAUUACUGCAUUAUGAUGAUCAAUCUUCAGUGUGUGUGUGUGUGUGUGUGUGUGUGUGUGCCAUAUCAGAACACAAAUAUGUAUAAUAACAUGAGCAUUGUGAGGACAUGGUGAGUUAUGAGGACACUGCUGUUGUCUUGAUUUCUCUCUAACCUACAGCACGAGUGUUACUCAGAUAGUGAGGGUUCUGUGAGGGCUGAGUUAGCUGUUUGUACAUUUUGUAGAGUAUACGAACAAUACAGACCAAUGUUACGUCCUCACAAUUCACAAAAACCACCCUGUGUGUGUGUGUGUGUGUGUCAGAUGGCCAUUCAUGUGGAGGGUCUGCUGGCCAUCGUCAUCUUCUACCUGCUGAUCUUAAUGGUGGGCAUCUGGGCGGCCUGGAAGAACAAGCACGCGGGCAUCUCUGAGGGCACGGACCGCAGCGAGACCAUCAUGGUGGGCGGACGGGACAUCGGCUUAUUCGUGGGAGGAUUCACUAUGACCGCUACAUGGGUUGGCGGUGGUUAUAUCAACGGGACAGCGGAGUCUGUGUAUGUGCCCGGCUGCGGGCUGGCGUGGGCUCAGGCGCCCUUCGGGUACGCGCUCAGUCUUGUUGUAGGCGGGCUGUUCUUCGCCAAACCCAUGCGCUCUCGAGGGUAUGUGACGAUGCUCGACCCGUUCCAGCAGCUGUACGGCCAGCGCAUGGGCGGCCUGCUGUUCAUCCCCGCGCUGCUGGGGGAGAUCUUCUGGUCGGCUGCCAUACUGUCUGCCCUGGGAGCCACCCUGAGCGUGAUCGUGGACAUGGACAUCAACAUGUCGGUGAUGAUCUCGGCUCUGAUCGCCGUCUUCUACACGCUGGUCGGCGGCCUGUACUCGGUGGCCUACACUGAUGUGGUGCAGCUCUUCUGCAUAUUCCUGGGGUUGUGGAUAAGCGUGCCGUUUGCACUGUCCAAUCCUGCUGUGUCAGACAUCGCGGUGACCGCAGUGAAGGCGGUGUUUCAGGAUCCGUGGCUCGGGGAGAUCCAUCCAUCAGACGGCUGGAUGUGGGCUGAUAACUUCUGCCUACUUAUGCUGGGUGGGAUCCCGUGGCAGGUGUAUUUCCAGCGUGUCCUCUCCGCCUCUUCAGCUACUUAUGCUCAAGUGCUGUCGUUUCUGGCUGCGUUCGGCUGUCUGGUCAUGGCCGUCCCCUCAGUGCUGAUCGGAGCUAUCGGAGCCUCGACAGACUGGAAUCAGACGUCGUACGGUCCGGUUGCUCCUGUGGACAAAGACGAGUCGGACAUGAUUCUGCCCAUCGUCCUGCAGCAUCUCUGCCCGUCAUUUGUGUCCUUCUUCGGUUUGGGCGCCGUCUCCGCCGCCGUCAUGUCAUCCGCAGACUCUUCUAUCCUCUCAGCCAGCUCCAUGUUUGCACGAAAUAUUUACCAGCUUGCUUUCCGGCAGUCAGCGUCAGACCGAGAGAUCGUGUGGGUCAUGCGGAUCACCAUCUUUGUGUUCGGGGCUGUAGCGACGGCCAUGGCCCUGCUGACGGGCUCAGUGUACGGCCUGUGGUACCUGAGCUCAGACCUGGUGUACGUCAUCAUCUUCCCUCAGCUGCUCAGUGUGCUGUUCAUCAAGGGCACGAACACCUAUGGCUCGGUGGCCGGUUACGUCUUCGGCCUGCUGCUGAGGAUCGGCGGGGGCGAGCCGUACCUCCGGCUUCCCCCGUUCAUCUACUACCCGGGCUGGCAGAUGCGGGAGAAACAGCACCGUCUGACACAGGAGGUGGAGCGGUUCGUGGAGCAGAGAUUCCCGUAUAAGACGGUCUCCAUGCUGGCUUCACUCCUGAGCAACGCUGCCUUCUCAUAUCUGGCCAAAUACCUGUUUGAAAGCGGGACUCUUUCGCCCAAGUACGACUUUCUGGAUGCAGUGGUUUCUAAACACAGCAAAGAAACGAUGGACAAGACGACGCUGGUCGCCCAUGACACCAUCCUUCUGUCCGAGCUGUCCGCGGUGAAACCCAGACACACGAGCUCUCUGGCGGGAACAUUCAUCAAUGCAGACGUCUUGAGGGACGAGGGCAGCGUGAGUCCAGAUCUUGAGCACGAGUAGAGGAGAGAAAGGAAAGAGGAAGAUCCUGAAGACCAGAUCCAUCAGUCUGGGAGAUCCCCACAGCAGCUGAAGAGGGAAACUGUGCACUAGUAAAGAGAGGACACAUGUAGGAUGCUUAAUAUUAUGUGACCUGUCGAUGGGAUGUAGGAAACACGCUCUUGUGUUUCAGUUCUGUUUUUCUGUUUAGAAAUGAAUUGUUUCAGAGCAAUAAUACUCUCAGUUCUGAAGGUUGCGUAACUCAUCUGUUGUUUUCAGUCAUAGUUAGUGUCCAGGAUUGAGCAUCUGUCCUCGCUCACCCUCCUGUCCUGAGUCAGUGUGCAGUAAAUCAGGCAGAUGGAGUAAUAUUGAUCAAACUGCUGGAAAGCACCUUUGAUUAACCAUUGUUGAUUAUGUAAUCAGUGGGUGUGUUCUAGAGCUCCGCCUUCAUUGAAAUUAGGCAAUAGCAUAAACAGGGGGGCGAAUAAUUCUGACUUCAGCUGUAUGUUCACACCCUCUAAUGCAGAUCUAGUGGUUUCUUAAACUUGCUGUACCUGCACUGACAGGUUAAAGCUGCUGUAAGGGUCUGUAAGGGUCUUUAAUGAUGGUAGUUCAUUAGGGAGGGAGAGAUACUGUGUGUGUUUAGUGUCUCUCUAGUUGAAUAACCAUGAGAACAGCAUUGUCUCCAUCUCACUGCUGCUGAAGAGUAAUACAUCACACAGCGGUGGUGUCGACACAUUAUUUAUUCAUAAUAGUGAAUAUAUGCAGUGAUGUAAUCUGCUGUUCUGCAUAACUCAAGCUGAUUGGUCAUCUGGCUGUGAUCUGUCAGCCAAUCAGCUUGACCUAAACCAGCUCCUGCUGCUUCCCCAUGAGCUACAGUGAACUGGUUUAGUCAGUGUUCACCAGUUCAGACACUCACAGAGCCGUGUGUGCCGCGUCUGAUGUGUUCAGAGUCCAGCAUUCUCUCUGUGUGUGCUUACACCAGCACAACAGCAGCUCAUGUGCUGAGAUUCCUCCUCAGACCCGUCCUGAGAGACUGCAGCAACACAGCAGCGAACACCCACACCAUGAGGACGAGCUGCACUGCCAGACUGUGUGUGUCUCACCUGUGUCUGAUCACGUGUGUGUGUGUGUGUGUGUGCAGACUGAUCUGUGGUGGUCAGAGAUAUAUUUUUGUGUGAGUUUAAUGUUGUCCAGCAGUUAUGUAGGAAAUGUUGAUUUAUGUAUUUAAAUGUGAUGAAGAUGUGAGAUUUAGAGAAUAAAUGAUGUUGUUUAUGCCA